CACUCAGGACACCACGGGCUUGUGAGUUCCUCAAAGGCCUGUCCACGACCACGGAAGUCGCGAGUGUGCAAGCCACCCGCCGAACGCUAGCACGGCCUUUGCGAACACACUUGCCUUUCCCAUCUACUUCAAGGUGACGCAGACCGGAUGCUGAAAUCAGGCACGGCAGCUUCAGUGACCAUAUAACAGCUGAAAGAUGUCUCUCUUCUGAUGUUCCUCUUUCUUUCCUUCUUGAGACAUUCCAGCCUCGGCCAUUACUGUACAGUCACUCGUUGCACAUUCGCUCAUCCUCCGACAUUGCCAUCAUGAGGCUGAGGACUGUUGGGUUCCUUUUCGCUGCUUUUGCUGACUUGGGCCAUGCGGGCGGAACCGGUGGCUCGGACUGGGGGACUACAACUGCUGCUUGUGUCCCAUCAACUACCACCGUAUACGAUACUCAAAUAGUUGAAACCACUGCAUGGUCGACGCAGACAGUGAUAGUCACAACCACCUGCUGGGAAGUUUCCACAACCACCGUUGUUCAACCAACAACUAUCGUUGAGACUACCACCAAAAUCCAGCCAACGACUAUUGUCGAAACGACUACAGAGAUACAACCCACCACGAUCGUGAGCACAACGACGGUGAUUAGUGUCAGUGUCAGUCCAACAACCGUGGUCAGCGUCAGUAUCAGCCCAACCACUGACAUCGUUCCAACUACUGUUGUCAGUGUCAGUCCGACCACUAUUGUUAGCACGACUACCGUGAUCAGUGUGACUACCAUCGUCACUCCAACGACCGUGGUCAGCGUCAGCGUCAGUCCAACUACUGACAUUGUACCAACCACUAUUAUUAGUGUCAGUGUUAGCACGACUACACUCGUCAGUGUCAGUAUCAGUCCUACCACUAUCCUCAGUCCAACAACUGUUGUCAGCCCAACGACUCUUAUAAGUCAAGUUACCGCCACUAGCAUUGAUACCACGACAGAUACUGUCAUAAGCAUUGGUACCGUCACCGACACUAUCACUUCUACAGCACCAACAUUGACAGGCUUGGUCCCUUGUACCUCAAGGACAAUCAAUCCAACCUAUACGCCCCCAACCCCACUGCCAAGCAACUACCUCUGGGGUUGUCCACCUGGGACCAUCUGCACUCCUCCUCAAAUUGAUUGUAAUUGGGAACAGAAUCCGCCGGCAAGCACGUAUGUCUGCUCGCCGGACGAGUGUAAGCCAACGCCCGCAUUCCCAGUACCAGACUGGAACACGACUUGGCCGAACCCAACAACCACAAGUUGUGCCUGGGAUCAGCCGGUCCUUGGUUUCUUCCAUCUCAACCCUCAGCACUUCGGUCUCGACUUUACUAUCUUUGAUAUCGAUGGUCAACCUGUGUGCCCCACUACUUCCACGAUCAUUGUACCUACAACUGCAACGGUCACUGUACCUACAACCGCCACCGUCACUGUAAGUGGUUGGCAAGAUUGGCCUUCACCCACCACUUCUCAACCAUGGAAGAUGCCUCGACGACGAGGUACGACCAACCCCCUCGCGGAGAUGUUCUGGCGUCGACAAGGAUCAGUCGCAGAGGCUCCGGCACAGUGUUACAGGCCUUUCGACGAUACUCAGCUGUAUGCUCAGUCCGUUGGCAAAGUGCGCAGCGUGCUGUGUCCAGCAGACAGCGUAUUCAUGCAGGGCAUUAGCGAAUGCGAGGCCUGUGACGUGAAAUAUGGCCAGACUUCUGCGGGCACGACGAAUUUCCCAGAACUCCAAAUGUGGUUGAACUACUGCACCGACAACACUUGAAGUUGGUGACCUACUGAGAACAUUAUACAUAUGCGGAAGUCAUCUUAUUGAUGGAGUAUUUAUGGGGCAUCCCGACGAAUGCAAAUAUGAAAGGAUGUAUCGAGCAGGUAUCGUUGGCCUUAGUGGAGGUCAUGCGAAACGCGAUACGAGGCAUUCACUCGCUUACGAUGGAAAAUGUGUACCGAUGAUAAUGAUAAUGAG